UUUACGAACGCAUUCCAAGUCGCACCCAGUCGCAUCUGGUCGCAUCUGCGACUGUCUCAGACUGUCUGCAACUGUACCCAACUGUACCGAGUCGCAUGAUAAAUACGUUUUUCGUAUCACUUUGUGUUCAAUGUAAAUUACGAUUUUCUUCGUGCUGAACUUCUCACAAUAAUCAUGAUAACAAUUUUACCCAACGAGGUAAUAACCAUCAUCCUGCAGCAGAAGAGCAUUAGCUUUCAGGAUGUCUUAAACUUUGGCCUUACGUGCAAACGAUUCCUCGGUGUGAUUGACAACAACAAUUUAUGGCAAAGAAAACUUCAUCAGAGGUGGCCUCAUUUGAAAAGAAUACAUAGCAAACGAAUACAAAAUAAAGAAUAUAUAAAUUUUAAAGACGAUGCGAAAGAGAAUAUAAUAUGUGGAAUUGAAUUACGGCGUUACUUGACGCUGAUGUCCGAGAAGUUCUUUUACAAAAAUGAGUUGAGCGACAAUGACUUACAAGAUUUCGAUAGCUUAUUAAGUCCAAAUAUAGAUGCGUAUACUAUGAAUUACUAUUUUGUCAAGGAGGAACUAAUAUAUCUGAUCAAAAUGUUUCCAUUAUCAUCUAAUUGUAAUUUGACACAUAAAUAUUACAGUAAAAAACUUCUUCCUUAUGUACAACGGCGUAGUCUAAAAGACGUAUGGCUGGAAUUUAUAAAUUAUCCUACAGAAAAGCAGCUUUUAGAACAAGCAGCUACUAUCGUAGCACAAUGGUACCAACCGGAAAAAAAUAUUUUUUAUUUGGACGUAGGAGCAUCGCUGGAUAAUAUUGCACAACGAGUAUUGGAGAGUCUUAAAAAUACACAUAGCAAUCAUCCAAUAUCUUCAAUAUCUGCUGAGCAGUUUUCUUUUUGGAAAUAUAACAACAUCGACAACAAACAAUGGAAUAAGGAGGAACAAAAACAGAUUAUAGAUGUACUUCGAACUGUUUUAUUUAAUGAAUUAGGUUUUCAUGCAGCUUCGGUCUCCGACCCAAACGUACUUCCUCAACCAGAAGACAUUCUUAUAGAUUGCGUUUUAGAAAGCAAAGUUGGUAAUGCUAUAUCUCUGGCAAUAAUAUUCCAAAGUGUGGCAAGAAGACUUGGAGUGUGUUGUGACCUAAUAUCUUUUCCUACUCACUUUUUUUUAAGUUGGAAACCGAAGUGGCAUGAAGAAUGUUUCUAUAUUGAUAUCCUGCAUGGUGGAGCCAUUUGGAGCAAAAACGAUUGUCCGAGAACUCGGGGUAAAAGAUGUCCAAUAGAAAAUUUUAAUUAUCACAAAGAGAUUAGUCCUACAGAGAUGGUAUUACGGAUGAUUAAUCAUUUACAAAUGGUUAAUCCUAACUGUCAACAUUAUCAAGACAGGACCCAAAUACGUUCAUUGCUGGAAUUUCGAUAUAUAAUAGAACCAUACAACUUAGACACGAUUGAAAUGCUAGGUUACCAUUAUAUGCAAAACCAAAUAAAUUUAUCAAGUCUCAUAACCACAUUACAGUCAAGGCGUUUUGGACAUGGACUUGAAGAACACAUGAGAGCUAGGGAAAUGAGCGUGAUAUUUCGAACAUAUAAUGCAGCUACACCAACAUCUGCAGAUUGUAUAGUACCAAACGAAAGACCGAGAAAAAUGAAAUAUGCGGUUGGAAUGAUUGUCAUUUGUUACAGUAGUUAUGUUAUGCAUCAUACAGGUGUGAUAAUUGGAUGGGAUAAAAUAUAUAACUCAAACGUGAAAAUAGACCAUGAUUACAGAAUUUUAUAUAGUCAUUCUUGUCCCGGCGCCAAUACCUUGAAACAGCCGUUUUACACUAUCCUCAGUGAAAACGGUAAUACGUAUUACGCUGCCGAAGAUUCUUUGAUAGAGGCAUGUCCGCCAAGAUGGAUUGAGCACAAAGAAAUUGGCCGAUAUUUUCAUAAAUUCGCACGGUCUCACUAUGUACCUAAUACGAUACUAACAAAACAUUAUCCAUAUGAUCUGGCUGUUCUCAAUACACUUUGUCUAUCAGAAUCUCUUCAUUAUCCACAUCUUUAGCCCAUGGUUAAAAUUCCAUUGUGAUCAGAAAUUGUACAAGGCAUUACUUAUCACUGAGAAAACAAAUUGUUAUAUUAGAAAUGACUGCAGUAAUUAAAUAAUAGCGUUUUACAAUUUACUGAACACAAAUUAUGGCACGUGAGAAAUAAAACGUGGUAUGAAAGCUCAAGUUUUCAUACUUAUAGUAUUAUCUUUCAUUCAGAUAAAUGUAUUACAAAUAUAUUGUAAAUAAUUAUGUAGUUUAUUUUAAAAAUAAGAAAGUGGUGAUGUAUAAAUGAUUGUUAUAAGAAAUUUUUUUUUUUUUU